GGGUGAAUGUUAUAAAAUACAGUGGCGCUGGUAGCGUUCGAUACCAUUUUGCAAAGACACGUUCCCCAGUGCAGACUAGGGGCCCGGAGCCCGAACAACCACAACAACUAAAAAACAUACCUCCGAACGAACCCAAACCAAAACACUACACCAUAGCGAACCGAUCCAGAGGUCUUCCGAGUGUUCGGUAGUUCCUUCACCGUCCGAUCCCGUGCCAGCGUCCAGUGUGCAGUUGCAAAUUACGGCAAGCGUAAUCGACGUGUGCGCAUUUGCGUGUUUGAGUAGUGAGUCGGACCUUUGUGGAGGCGAGAGUGUGAGUGUGUGUGUGUGUGUCUGAGUGCGGAAGUAACGCGCGAACAGCACCAGCCGUUUUUACAUGCAACACUAGAGCGUAGAACUAGAGCGGAGAAAGAGAGCGUGUGUGACUGUGUGCGCGCGCACACACACUCGGUUGUGUGUUUGUUUUUUUUUUGUUUACCUCGGUGCACGCUUCCUAGUGUAAAGGCGAGUGUUCCGCAAAGCAAACUCUAUCCCGGAAAGCGUACGGUGGAGGUGUGUGAGACCAGACGAGAGAGUCUGUUGAACCUGCCCGAAAGAUAAGCCUUUCCCACACGAUCAAAUCGAUCUGCGCGCACACAUCCGGCCACACGGAAGAAGCGAUCAUCUAUCAGCCCCAGGGAGUCCCAGGAGAAAGGAAUAGUAGAGAGUAGUAACCUACUACACAAAAAAACACACACAACGACACAAUGCGUUUGCAAGGAACGUGGUUAACGUUGGCGUUCGGUUUGGUGGUGCUGGUGGCGUCCGGUGACGCACAGACCCGCCGACUGCGCGUUCGACCGCGCGUCCUAGCCGCCCCGUCCAGCGCCGAGUACGUGGACAGUGCGGAGGACGCCCAGCAAGACAACCGGCAGUACUAUGCCGCGCCCCAGCGCGCCCAGGAGCGGCUUGGCGAUGUGGUGCUGGUAGCGUCCUCGGACGAGGACUACGGUGGCGGCCAGUACGGUGCACCGGUGGCGGCUGCCCGGCCCCGUGCCGACCAACAGCAGUACCAGCGGCCGGCGGCCAAGAGCACAACGGCCGCCCCGGUAGCCGCCCGCCAGAAGGCGCCGGCCAGCGAGUCUCGCGCCCCGCCGGUACAGACGAUCCGCAACUACAGCAAGGUGAACGAUGACGGCUCGUUCACGUUCGGGUACGAGGCGGCCGACGGUUCGUUCAAGGAGGAGACGCGCGGCACGGACUGCGUGGUGCGCGGCAAGUACGGCUACAUCGACCCGGACGGUAACAAGCGCGAGUUCACGUACGUGUCCGGCAACCCGUGCGACCCGAACAACCCGGACGGCAGCGAGGAGGAGGAGAGCGACCGGGCCGAGGGCGGCCAGGAAGACUCGAACGAGAACGUGCCCCAGAACUACCCGGUGCGCCGUCCGGUGCCCGUCGCCCGCCCGACACCGGCCGCCCCGGUCCGCCACCACUCGACGCCGGCUCCGGCACCGCGCCCCACCACCACCGUCUUCCAGAACGACUACCAGGACCGCCAGCGCCAGGAGCAGCAGUCGGCCGAUGCCGAGGAGGAGGUGCAGAUCGGCCAGCGCGGCUCGCCGCCCCGGCCGGCCGCCCGUCCCUUCGCCGGUGCCGUCACGACCACGCAGCGCCCGCGCGUCCAGAUCGUCAGCACGACGCCCAGCCCCACGCCCACCAUCUUCCACAGUCCGGCCGCGCCGGCCGCGCCCCAGACCGUCCUGCCGGUGAACAUUACGCCCAAGCCGGUGUACCGCGUCUCGCCCCUCCCAACGCAGCCGACGCUCGCCCCCACCACCUACCGGCCGACCUCCUCGCCCAGCACCCGCGGCCCGACCGGGUCGAUCGAUUUCGAGGCCGAGUUCAAGCGCUUCCAGGCCGACAACAAGCUGCCGAGCCCGCUGACUCCGUCCACCGCACCGAGCGGCGGCGGCGCCCCCAAGCCGACCGGUUCGCCGUUCGGCCGCCCCGGACCGCAGCUGGCCGCCGGCAACCCGAUCUACCAGUCGCAGCUCAUCUUCGACCCGGCCUCCGGCCAGUACGACACCGCCCUGUACCAGCAGCUGCCCCAGAGCGACGGCGACUUCCAGCUGAACCACCGCAUCCAACCGUACGUGGCAGGACCGCAGCAGCAUCAGCACCAUCAGCCGCAGCCGCAGCAGCAGCAGCAGCAGCAUCCGGGUGCCGGCCAGCUCGUGACGCUCGAGCAGCUGCAGCAGCAGUCGCCACUGUACCGGGCCCAGCCCAGCCCCCGGCCGGCGACCGUCCAGAUCCCGCAGCAGCUCUACCAGAAGCAGCAGAACGAGCUGCAGUUCAUCAACAGCCAGCAGCUGUUCGCCCAGCAGCUCGAGCUGCAGCAGAGCCAGCUGCGGGCCGACCGGCUCGAGGCGGCCAAGAAAGUGACGGUCGGCGGACCGCCGAUGCACCGCUUCCAGCCCCAGCCCCAGCCCCAGCAGCAGUACUACUUCAUCCAGCCCCAGGGUCCGCCCCAGGGCGCCCCCGGCCAGAUCGACGCGUUCCUGCGGGGUCACAACAUUGAGUACUGAGCAGGGGUUUUCGCCGUAGGCCGAAGCAACGCAGCGUUUCUCUUUUGUUUUUGCUACUAAUGUAUGUGUGUGUGUGUGUGUGCGCGCUCGUGUUGUUUUUUUAUUAUUAUUUUAUUUUCUCCCCACUACCAUUGCCUCUCCGCAACAUUCGCGAAGCCAUUCCAAGGUAUUGCUGUACCUUUCAUUGAUUACUCACUCACAGUUUCGUACCCAUUCAGCUUCAGUGUUUAUUUAUCGACUUCUGCUUGCUUUCCUCCACUGUACUCCUUACUCUUUCUUCUUUCUCUUUUUCUUGCAUCUUCUGUGUACUUGCUGUAUCUGUUGUAAUUGUUUUAUUUAUUUCUUUCCCUUCCCUUUUCCACAUUAGCGUACAUUCAUUCGUUUCCUUUUGUGUUGCUCUCUGUCUAUAUCUGUUGCUUUUCUUCCUUUUCCCCCCAAGCACACUACACCACGCGUUCCUCUCUUUCUCUCAAGGACGCCUGCACCACCACGUGGUUUCCAUGACUACUUCCCGCUAACGUUUGAUUUUCUGCUAAGUGAGACAAGUACGCGUAAGACUAUUUUUACCCUACGUUAAGGACAUUAAAGAAUUUAGCUCUAUAUUGCUCACGAUACCCCUUACUGCGCAACACGGACUGCGCCCGCCGGGCAGCAGGCGUCGGCCACAAGUUCGGCCGAGGUAAAACUCAAAACACGAAACAAACCAACCCGCAUGGGGCGAGCCGAGCUUGCGGGCAGGAUCAGUUGUCGCUCGAAAAGUGCUCGAAAACUGCUCGAACGCUAGACCCUUCGGGUUAACCGGUGUAACGCGCAGCAAGCAAAGAUAACCGACGACAGUACAGUAAUGAUAUGAAUAAAGAAAAACAAAAAUCGUUCGA